CAAGAUGAAAUCUCAUAUUUCAAUGUAUAAGUAAAAGUGUCAAAGUUCAGCUGAAGCAGGGACGAAUACAGAGCAAAUUUUGUGUGUAUUUGUAACUAGGGCACCAGAGCAAUAGAGGAAGCCAAAAUGAGCCGGAAAAGCAAAAGCAGUUUAAAGGAGAAAUUUGCCUUGAAGAACAGCUUGGUUAAAGAAGCCCUCUCAGAAUUCCUGGGAACUUUUAUAUUGAUAGCACUUGGAUGUGGGUGUGUGGGACAGGCUGUCCUUAGCCGAGGAGCCCAUGGUGGGCCCAUGACAGUAUCAGUUGGAUUUGCAAUGGCAGUCACCAUAGCAGUGUAUGUGUCUGGCGGGGUUUCUGGUGGUCACAUAAACCCAGCCGUUUCAUUAGCCAUGUGCGUGACUAGAAGAUUAAAAUGGACCAAAUUACCAAUUUACAUAUUAGCACAACUCCUGGGAGCAUUUGUUGGAGCAGCAGCUGUCUUUGGGAUUUAUUAUGACGCCUUGAUGGAGUAUAGCAACGGAACACUUGAAGUCACAGGACCUAACGCAACAGCACAUAUCUUUGCAACAUAUCCAGCUCCGUAUCUGUCCCUCAUAAACGGAUUUGCAGAUCAGGUGAUGUCAACAGCUGUUCUUCUUCUGGCUAUAUUUGCUAUUUUUGACACCAGAAAUAACAGCGUACCAAAGGGCCUGGAGCCAAUUGCAGUAGGACUUCUUAUAAUUGUUCUUACUUGCUCCCUGGGAAUGAACUGUGGCUGUGCCAUGAACCCGGCCAGGGAUCUAGGCCCAAGGCUCUUCACAGCCAUUGCAGGAUGGGGGAUGGAAGUAUUCACGGCUGGAAAUAAUUGGUGGUGGGUCCCUAUAGUUGCACCUAUGCUGGGAGGUGUACUUGGAGCAAUGAUCUAUAUUGUUUUCAUUGAAAUUCAUCACUCAGAUACUCAGCCAGGAGAAGAAAAUGACAUGUAUGAUAAAUAUGAACUCACCAACAUGGAGUAAGAAGUGAAGAAUUUUCUCUCUCAUUUUGUUGUGCAGUUUUUAUGCAAAUGAUUGUUUGGACCAUUUUAUAAAACCUGUAUGCCUCAAUUAGAAAUUCACAUUUCAAAGCAGAAAAUCUAUAUAGAAGACAAGUUCAAAACUGACCUCUUUCUAUGAAACAUCAGGCUGAUCACAUUCAAAAAUGGGAACAUGGGAGUGGGAAGGAUAAAUCGUUGUUCUUUUCAUAUGGCUUUCAGAACAAGUUAUCUCCCAGAUGAAAUUGUAGUGAGAUGAUGCACUGACCUGUUAAUUCAACACACAUGAUCUUAAUCAUGUUUCCUAAUUAACUGAAAAUAGAUGAGAUAUUAUUAUGAAACUGCAUGCAUAGGUAGUUAAUUGGUUCAGUGUUGAAUUAAUGUGUAAGAACAUCAGUCACAUGUUAUAGCCAUUAUUUAAGAAUGUCUUGUCUGAAAAUUGAAAAGAAUACCCAAAUUGCCUAAACGUCAAUUGAAGUAGUUUUAAAUAACUUACUAAAUUCUUAUGGAGCCAGCAAGGAAUCAGCUAUCAGUCAUGAGGUUUAGUAAAUCAGAAUAUGAUCACAAAAGGUAAAAACUGUGAGUUACAAGAUCAACACCAAAAAGACAAAGUUGUCCUUCCGCACAGGUCCUUCAUAGGAAUAAUGUUCAGUUAUUUUUAAACUAUUUACUUGACCUUUAUGCUACCCAAUAGUAAAAGCCUAACCUAGAAUAUUAAUCUGAACCUCUUCUGCUGUGCUUUCUGGAUAAAAUUCAUUCCUGUGGAGAUGGGCCAACAACAGAGGCUUAUGCUGUGCAGAGAUCAGCGCAAACCCUAUGUCUAUAUAAGCUUUAAAGAGGUCUUCUGUUGCUGAUCUACAUGGGGGGAUUUAAUCUGCUUUGUGGGAGUAAUUUUUAUUUUGGUAGCAGUAAUUAAAAUUAGAAACUGGUCUCAGACCUAGUCCUAGAUCUGAAUUCCCCAAGGAAGGCCAGCUCCACAUCAGAGUUCUGAAGCGUGGGUUCUCUCUUGCUCAAGAGAAGUAGUUAGACAUACACCACUUUCCAAAUAUCUAGCCUUGAAAAAUGAAAUUAUUUCUGCUUAAUCAUUGUGAAUUGAAUGUAUCCGAUUAAACCAAAGUUCAUUUCUAAUAUGUAUGUGCAUAUAUAUAUAUGGUUGUUGGUGGUGAUCAUGAAUAAAUAGACAACCUAUUCAGUGA